ACCUUCCUUCCUUCUCUUCCCCCACCCGAUCUCGCGCCCGCCUCCCGCCUCCCUCCCCUGUUCCACUCCCACCCGCGCGUCCGGCUGCUCCGCCUCGACAGCACCCCGAGCGGCGAGGACACGCCGAUCCGAUCCGCCGCGCUAGGCUCGACUUGCCGCGAUCUGACAGUUCCUGUGCCGUGGUCUGACGGCGGGAGGCUCGAUGGCGGCGCCGCCGGCGAGGGCUCGGGCCGACUACGACUACCUCAUCAAGGUGCUAUUGAUCGGCGACAGCGGUGUCGGGAAAAGUUGUCUCCUUUUGCGGUUCUCCGAUGGCUCCUUUACCACUAGCUUUAUUACCACCAUUGGGAUUGACUUCAAAAUAAGAACUAUUGAUCUGGACGGUAAGAGAAUUAAGCUUCAGAUCUGGGAUACUGCUGGCCAAGAACGUUUUCGAACGAUCACAACUGCCUACUACAGGGGUGCGAUGGGCAUUUUGCUCGUGUAUGAUGUGACGGACGAGUCGUCAUUCAACAACAUAAGAAAUUGGAUUCGGAACAUUGAGCAACAUGCCUCCGAUAAUGUGAACAAAAUUUUGGUAGGAAACAAAGCUGACAUGGAUGAAAGCAAACGGGCUGUACCAACUUCAAAAGGGCAAGCUCUUGCUGAUGAGUAUGGAAUCAAGUUCUUUGAGACGAGUGCUAAGACAAACCUUAAUGUGGAGCAAGUUUUCUUUUCUAUAGCAAGAGAUAUCAAGCAAAGGCUAGCGGAAACUGAUUCAAAGCCUCAGGAUCGUACGAUCAAUAUUAACAGACCAGAGGGUGAUGGUGAGGCCGCAACGUCACAGAGAUCGUCGUGCUGUGGAUCCUGAGUGGGUUAUAUUGUCACAGGAGGAUAAGAUAGUGGUCACACCAUACUUGUAAUUUAUCCAGUUCUUGCUGUUAUCGUUGUGCCUCUUCUAGCUUAAUUGCAAUUGCUUGGAUUCAGGUUUCUGUGUUUUACUGUUAACAAUUUUAGCUGUAAUAAUGGUAGAACUGUUAAUGCUAUGAUGUAUGGAAACUGCAGGUCUCGGGGCUAUCGUGAAACCAUUUCACAUCAA